CCGCGCCGCGCAGAGCGGGCGGAAGGGACCCGAGCGGGCUGCCACCGUGUCCCAGCCGGAGCCGCCGCCCGCCGCAGCUUCCCGGGGCUCCGAGUCCGCGCCCGGCGCCCUUCUAGCCGCCCGCCACGUCCCGGCCCCGGCCGCAGCCGCCGCGCCGCCCGCGCACACCCGAAGCGGCCGGGCAGGGCCCUGCCUCGGCCCUCCGCUCGUCCUCCCGGCCUUCACCCUGGAGCGGCCCCGGCAGCCGCAGCAGGGGCGGCGGCGGCGGAUCGAGGAGCUCUCCAGGUCGUCCCGGGAGAAGCUGCUGCAGUCCCGGGACAGGAUGUUCUCCAAGUUCACCUCCAUCUUGCAGCACGCCGUGGAGGCGCUUGCACCUUCUCUUCCUUUGCAAGAAGAUUUUGUUUAUCACUGGAAGGCAAUUACCCAUUAUUACAUAGAGACUUCGGAUGAUAAAGCCCCAGUGACUGAUACAAACAUUCCAUCCCAUCUGGAACAGAUGUUAGAUAUACUGGUUCAAGAAGAAAAUGAACGGGAAUCUGGAGAGACGGGGCCAUGUAUGGAAUAUUUGCUCCAUCACAAGAUCUUGGAAACAUUAUACACCUUAGGGAAGGCUGAUUGCCCCCCGGGGAUGAAGCAGCAGGUCUUGGUGUUCUACACCAAGCUCCUGGGACGGAUCCGGCAGCCGCUGCUCCCGCACAUUAAUGUGCACAGGCCAGUGCAGAAAUUAAUUCGACUCUGUGGUGAAGUCCUUGCAACACCAACGGAAAAUGAGGAGAUUCAGUUUCUUUGUAUUGUGUGUGCAAAGCUAAAGCAGGAUCCCUACCUGGUUAAUUUUUUUCUGGAGAAUAAGUUGAAGUCAUUGGCUUCCAAAGGAAUACCAAAUGUAAUUUCAGAAGAUGAAUUAAAAGGUCAAGAUUCUUUGUCAACAGAUACAGGACAGUCUCAUCAGCCAGAGGCAGUGUCUGGCGGUGCUACUGGAGCAGAGCAAAUGGAAUUGGAGGAUGAGUCCCCUCACGUGGACGACCUCUCCACAAGCCUGGACAACCUUACUGUCACUUCACUGCCAGAGGCCUCAGCUGCUCGUCCAAACCAGGAUUAUAAUUUAGUGAAUUCUUUGUUAAAUCUUACUAGAAGUCCUGAUGGCCGAAUAGCUGUGAAAGCUUGCGAGGGCUUGAUGUUGUUAGUGAGUUUGCCGGAGCCCGCGGCUGCCAAGUGCCUUACCCAGAGCACUUGCCUCUGCGAACUGCUGACAGACAGACUUGCCUCCCUGUACCAGGCCCUACCUCAGUCAGUGGAUCCAUUAGAUAUUGAAACAGUGGAAGCAAUUAACUGGGGCUUGGACUCAUAUAGUCACAAAGAAGACGCUUCAGCAUUUCCAGGAAAACGAGCCUUAAUUUCAUUUCUUUCCUGGUUUGAUUAUUGUGAUCAACUUAUUAAGGAAGCCCAAAAGACUGCUGCUGUUAUUCUUGCCAAAGCUGUUCAUGAAAGAUUUUUUAUUGGAGUUAUGGAACCUCAGUUAAUGCAAACCUCUGAGAUGGGGAUUCUGACAUCAACCGCGCUGCUCCAUCGCAUUGUCCGGCAAGUAACCUCUGAUGUUUUGCUUCAAGAAAUGGUGUUUUUUAUCCUUGGGGAACAGAGAGAACCAGAAACUCUGGCAGAAAUUAGCAGACAUCCUUUAAGACAUAGGUUAAUUGAACAUUGUGAUCACAUAUCUGAUGAGAUAAGCAUAAUGACAUUAAGAAUGUUUGAACAUCUUUUACAAAAACCCAAUGAGCACAUUCUUUACAACUUGGUCCUAAGAAAUCUUGAAGAAAGAAAUUACACAGAAUAUAAACCUUUGUGCCCAGAAGAUAAAGAUGUUGUAGAAAAUGGACUGAUAGCAGGAGCCGUAGAUCUGGAAGAAGAUCCGUUAUUUACUGACCUUUCACCAGAUAACACUCUGUCGAACCAAGAGUGGCUUCGCUCUCCUCCUGCUACUCCAGACCACCCCAGAAACGAUGGGAAAACCGAAGUCCAUAAAAUCGUCAAUAGUUUUCUCUGUCUGGUACCGGAUGAAGCCAAAUCAUCUUACCAUGUUGAGGGCACUGGAUAUGAUACCUACCUCCGAGAUGCUCACAGGCAGUUCCGGGACUACUGUGCUAUCUGCUUAAGAUGGGAGUGGCCUGGGUCUCCAAAAGCAUUGGAAAAGUGCAAUUUAGAAGCUGCUUUCUUUGAAGGUCAUUUUUUGAAAGUUUUGUUUGACAGAAUGGGAAGAAUUCUUGAUCAGCCAUACGAUGUGAAUUUACAAGUCACCUCGGUGUUGUCUAGACUUUCUCUCUUCCCGCACCCCCACAUCCACGAGUACCUUCUGGAUCCUUACGUGAACCUUGCUUCGGGCUGCAGAUCCCUCUUCUCUGUGAUCGUCAGGGUUGUUGGAGACCUCAUGGUUCGCAUUCAGCGUAUUCAGGACUUCACUCCCAAGCUUCUCUUAGUCAGAAAGCGACUACUUGGUUUGGAACCUGAAGGCCCUAUUAUCGACCACAUCACUCUGCUGGAGGGUGUGAUUGUGUUAGAAGAAUUCUGUAAGGAGCUGGCAGCAAUUGCAUUUGUGAAAUAUCAUGCUUCCUCCACACCAUAAAUAUCGUCUCUCCAGUAAGGAGGGGAACAGAACCAUUGUGCACAUUUCAUCACAAAGGAUUCAGUUCCACCCAGCCGCAAGAGGAUAAAAAGCCUUUUUGAAUGUUUCCGUCAACUGGAUAGAACCAUGAAGAACCUAUUGCGUGUAUUGGUAAAAUGUUGUAUGAUGUUGUUUUCAUUGGCUUUAUCAUAAAGGUUCUUUAUAUAAAGUGGCACAUUGUUGAACCCAGGAUACAAUCAAAGGAACUUCAGGAAAUAAGCAUUUCUAAUGACUAUGUGAAAAGCUGCAAAAUUUCUGAUGUUGUGACUUUGAUGAUAUUUCUGUUAUUUUAAUAUCCUUUUAGGUAGCAAGGCAUUUUGACAUUCUCUGGGACUCAAAUGCUUAUAUUCUUUUGGAUUAAUAAAUAGCAAAAAAAUCACUAAUUUUAUAAUUUUGUAAGGUUGGAAUUCUUAUCAAACAAAAUAUUUAAAAAACUGUGAGUGAGGAAAAAAAUAGAAUUCAGGAACCAUCAAAUGAAUUCAGUUAAUUAUAGGAGAUAAAAAUAUGUAGAGCACCAUUAACUUUCUUCAGCUUUUCUAAAAAUAACAAUUUAAUAUAAAGAAAUUCUUCAUUAAUAUAUAUAUUUUUAAAGAAAUGUUCUUUUACUCUUUGGUGCACAUAGCCAUGUUAGUGAUUGAUUUUUACAUAUGAGUCCCAGUUUAAACUGUGUCAUUUUUGCAAAAACAUUGAAUUUAUGCUCAUCAUUGGUAGUUUUUGCUAAAAUUGUAUUUUUUUAAGCAAUUAACAUGUGAGUUGAGAACUCUGUUUUUCUGUUCCUCUCUGAAAAUUGCUUUAUAAUUUUAUUUUCUUACUGAAAUGCAUGGUAGUGUCUAGGUUGGGAACUGACUGAUAACUCUUAGACAGCAAUCAAAAUGCCAAUGGCCUCCUUAAUGUUUACAUUUUUUUUUUUUCAUUUUGUUCAGUCUUUUGUUUUAAAUAAUUCUAAAAAGAUUAAAGAAAACAGUCUUUUAAAUGUCCUGUUUCCACGUUAGAGGAUUUGGGAAACUGGGUGUGUAUGUGAGUGAGUAUGUAUGUAGAAAGGGAUAACUUAGCAGAGCUGCGCUGGGCACAGCACGCUUGAACUUGACUGACAAAGGGGCGUUGGCUAGUCCGCCUUUCUGUUCUUCCUUUGAGUGAUGCUUAUCAUGCAUAUAUUGCUUUUACUGUAUUGUUUGUUUCUGAUGUUUAGUUGGCAUUUUAAGCAGCAGCACUUUCCUCUUACCUUUCCAUUUAUUGAUAACGUAUAUUUGGGGGAGCAGACUAUCAAAUGUUCCAGCUUGAACGGAGCUGUGCCUUCCCCUUAUAGAAAGUGAUUUUAUGUAGCAUGUUUGCAUACGAACAUGACGUGUCAUGUGCACAGAAGCAUGUUUUACACGUCUGCUCAUUUUGUUGUAUUAGCUUUUCUGAUUUAUAGUUAGUUUUUGAUAUUUAUUAAGAAAAUAUUAAAUAUCGAAAGAGUAUGAAAUCUCAGCUCUAGAAUGCUUACCACUGUUAAAACAAGAAAAAGACUCAAUCUCUAAUGCAAAUCUUUGUUAGCCCAUUCUAAGAAAUUUAUCAAGUAAAACAAUGAAAGAAACAAAAGUGGGAUAUAGUUACUACAUGCAUGAUUUUCUUUAAAUGAUGUUGAAUGAUAAGAAAGCAUUAUUUAGUUUGCUGUAGUUUUUGACCACUUAUUGCAAGGAGCACUGCAGCAUAUCCAUUUUUAGAUGUUGUUACAGUGUACUUUGCUGUAUGUGUCUUUGAAAUAAAGCAUUAAGAGAUAUUAGAUAUUUCUUAAUGUUUCCAUAGUGCUCAGUAGGCGUGAUAGCAGUGAUGUCACCUCUCAAACCAAAUAAUCUUUUAUCCUGAUUUCACUAUGGGACAUUAUAGCUAAUCCGUGAAACAAAGCUCUGAAAAGCUUUAACUCUUAUAUUUGUGUAUGUGUAUGCUGCUUCCAAAAAGAUAAUUUUUCUAAGUUAUUGUGAUGACUUUGAUUUGUAAUCAGCUAACACUUAAAGCUUAAUUUGUUUCACUUUUAGGGUUCCUUUUUUUCUUUCUUUUAAAAAAAACAUACUUAGUUCAGACCUAGAGCCAGCACAAGUUCUCACAGUGCGUUGGACUUGUCACUGAAAAGCUGUAUGGCUUCACUAGUCUUUUUCUUACUGUCUCCUGAAAGCUGAAUAUUUCUAUUACUCAGUACUUGCAAAAACAGUGACUAAAAUGAGCUCUGUUGGGUGGAAAGCACCACCAUAACAUUUGAUUGCCAUAGCAAGUUCCAAAUGAAUUUUAGCCUUGCUUCACUUUUGUAUGAAUAGGUAUGCACAUUUUUAACAACUUUCUCACGAUGUAGUCUUUUUUUAGUUAUGAACCACAUUCUUUACUUGAUUGAACUCAAAUUUGUCUUAGCCAGUUGUCACUGAAAUACUCACAUUAUAACGAUGUAACUUCUCAUAAUGUAUCUGUGCAAUAUGGAAGCUGUGAGUGGAUUCAUAGCUUUUUGGUUUAAAUAUACAUUAUUGUUUGUGUAAAUGUAUGUGUAUAUAUGUAUAUAUAAGGACCAAAAUUCUUAGCUCGCUUACACUGUUGCUAGUGUAAAAGAUUGUUACACUUAAUUUUAUGGGGCACAAAUUAUGGAAUUACUUCAUAAAUUCAUGGUAACGUGUUUCCAUAAAUUAUUGCAUUCAUAUACAAUUACCAUUUAAUUAUGAAGUCCAUAGAUACCAACAAAAAAAGUUAUAACGAAGUGCUAAAACCACAAAUUAUACGGUAAUUAUGUUUUGGGUUGUUCAAUAAAUUGAAAUAUGCAUGUCAUUUGUGACACGAUGUGUUAAAAUUUGGUAGAUAAUCAUAUUUCUGGGCCCUGUAAAAUAGUGUCACUGUAAUACUUUGUUUUGCCUCCUGCCUUGUUUACAUUAAACAGAGGAUAUUUGGUAAAUUUUUCUAUUGAACAUCGUGUAGGUUACUUUCAGUGUUAUCAACAUCUGGAAUUCUUGGCCCAUCCUUGGAGAAACCCUUCAAAUGAUGGUUGUGUGCCUACUUGCUCUUCAAAGAAGGUUGUGAUGGAGUUCCACUUUCUGUGCUAACCACGCAUGCAGGACUAAGAGGGAUAAUCUGAAAAAUAAAUGAUGUAAUUU